CAAGAACGGGACUCGACUUGGGACUCGACUAUCGAUUGCAGUCUGCAGAAUUUCUCACGGCAAUGCAAUUCAAUUCGAGCAGCCGAUCGAGUCCUCGUCGUUUCCGUCUCUCUUCAUCCAGCCAGUCCAGCCAGCCCAGCCACAGCUGUAAGGACAUCACCUUAGUGAAUUUGUUUGAAAUUCCCGACUUGGACCAUCAAAUCGCAAACUGAUGCCACCAAUUCCUCCCGAGAUACCGUCCGGCAACAUCCUCCGUUGCAUCCGCCCAAUCCCAUCCCUCUCCCUCCCCCUGCCACGCUAAGAAACGUGGGGGAGACGCACCGCAGAGGACCAGACAGCACCAGAGAGGACCACACUUUUGAGAUCUGCUGCCGAGGCCAGGCCAGGCCAGACACACCCAAUCCGACUUCUAUUCACCUGCUGCACCUGCUGCACCUGCAGUGCGAUCCACGAGUACUCGCUACAGUCGUAGUGACCUCUCCCCAGUGUACUCUGCAUCGUACUUCCCGCCGCGGCACCUGGCGACAGGCAUUCGGAUGACACCGGCCCACACCUCCUCCGCCCGGGCCCUGCACACCAACACACCCAGCCAGAUUCUUCUCACGGGUUGGACCCCCUACUAGCUCGCCCAGAUAAGCACUAUCUGCCACAGCUGAAUGACACAGACAGCGAGACUCGACCGCCCGGAGCCGCCUCUUACUUUUCCUGGGUUUUUUUUAUAAGAGCACCGACAUCGCCCUCUCUCGUCCUCCGGGUGUGUCGUUGAUCCUGACAUCGCUUGUUCUGAGCUGCUCUGCUCUGCUCUGCUGUGCUUUGUUUUUGCUGUCUCUUGCUGGGUUCUGUCGUGAUCACUUCGACAGCAGUUUGUGGUUCCGGCGCUGACCAGGUCACUUGCUACUCACCAAUACCGGUACCAACACCAACAACUGUCACGCCUCGCUCCCCACUGCUCGCCCACCAAGACAGCAUAGCAGGCAUAGCCGUCAGCUCCACUGACCCCUUACCCACAACAUGGACGAGGACCAGGGACCUUCGCAGAUCGUCUCGGAAAAUAAUGGCAACAAGAAGACCAUGGGCGACCGAGCCCGUGCUUUUAAGCACAUGUUCUUCACCAAGGACGGCCUCGUCGGCGACUACGACUACGGCUUCCUCUUCACCCCGAGCCUCCCCUUCAUGCGGAAACGCCCACAAGCGGCUCCUUUCUUUGGCCUCAAUGACAAGAUCCCCGUCGUGCUCGCCCUGCUGCUCGGCUUCCAGCACUCCCUGGCCAUGCUUGCCGGCCUCAUCACCCCUCCCAUCAUCCUUGCUGGCCAGGGCGGUGCCAACUUGAACGCAGAGCAGGCCCAAUACCUCGUUUCCACAGCCUUGAUCGUCUCGGGUCUCCUCUCAGUUAUCCAGAUCACCAGGUUUCACAUCUUUAAGACCCCAUACUACAUCGGCACUGGAAUCAUCUCCGUGGUCGGAGUCUCCUUCUCCAUCAUCUCCGUGGGCAUGGGUGCCCUCGGCCAAAUGUACGCCAACGGUUUCUGCCCGCUCUCAGAAGACGGACAGACAAAGCUGCCCUGCCCGGACGGAUACGGCGCAAUUAUCGGUACCGCCGCCGUCUGCUCGCUGAUCGAGAUUCUCCUCUCCUUCCUCCCGCCAAAGGUCAUGCUGCGCAUCUUUCCACCCAUUGUCACCGGCCCCACUGUCAUGUUGAUCGGCAUCAAUCUCAUCGAGAGCGGCUUUCAAAACUGGGCUGGAGGCAGCGGCAACUGCAAGACAGCGGCGGAGGGAUUCAGCGUCUGCCCGAGUGACGGUGCACCACACGGACUUCCCUGGGGUAGCCCCGAAUAUCUCGGCCUCGGCCUCUCCGUCUUUGCAACUAUCAUCAUCUGCGAGCGGUUCGGUGCCCCCAUCAUGAAGUCGACCUCGGUUGUCAUUGGCUUGCUGGUGGGCUGCAUCAUCGCUGCCGCGACGGGCUACUUCGAUAGGUCUGGCAUCGACGCUGCCCCCGUGGCGAGCUUCAUCUGGGUCCACACUUUCAAGCUGACCGUGUACGCUCCGCUGGUGCUUCCAACCAUGGCUGUGUUUAUCAUUUGCGCCUGCGAGGCCAUUGGUGACAUCACGGCCACGUGCGACGUAUCACGCCUCGAGGUCGAAGGAAAGCUGUACGAGAGUCGCAUUCAGGGUGGCGUUCUGGCUGACGGUAUCAACGGCUGCAUCGCCGCACUGUGCACCAUCACGCCCAUGACGACCUUCGCCCAGAACAACGGCGUCAUUGCUCUGACACGAUGCGCGAACCGAAAGGCCGGAUACUGCUGCUGCUUGUUCCUGGUGAUCAUGGGCGUGUUUGCCAAGUUCGCAGCCGCCCUGGUUGCCAUCCCAGCCUCCGUCAUCGGCGGCAUGACCACCUUCUUGUUUACGAGUGUCGCCGUGUCGGGUAUCGCCAUCAUAGCAAAGGGCGUCCCCUUCAACCGCCGCAACCGUUUCAUCCUCACCGCCGGCCUGGCCCUCGGCUACGGCGCCACCCUCGUCCCCAACUACUUCAGCAACGUCUUCGAGCACGCGAACCCCAGCACUAGCCUGCGCGGUUUCCUCAACGCCAUCGACCUCGUCAUGGAGACGGGCUUCGUCAUCACCGCCUUCCUCACCAUGUUCCUCAACCUGGUCCUGCCGCUCGAGGUCGAGGAGACCAAGGCCGCCACCGACGAGGCCGCGUCUAGUGUGCGCGCCCCUAGUAAUAUGGACACCGAGGGCGGGGCGCCUGCCGGGGAGCUGAAAAAGGCUUGACGGAAUGGGUGUGAGGAUAGGAUCGAACGUAUGGCAUAAUUAUUAUUGUAUUAAACGUGGCACUUUGCUCCUAUCAGGGGGCAAGGCGCUUCUUUGUGGCGUUAAUGGUAGAUACAGGUCUUUGCAUCAAUGCUAAAAUUGCCGAUGGCAACAUGGCCAUGGCCCUUAUUAAUCGUUCUUCCUGAGCUCAUGUACAAUUAAUGAGUCCUUGUCUUGGCGUUGAUGGUUGGUUGGCUGGCUGGCUAGUAUCCACUGAGCCGUAAAGGCGGGCCGUUAUUCUCUUUCCCCCCCCCCCCUUCCUGGUGUGUAACUAGAGGCGUCCACUAGACAGGGUCAUACCAGCUAUGCAGGGUUUGGGUGUGUAAUGAUGAACAUGUUACCCAACAUGCUCACUUUUGGUGUCGAGAGUGCUUGGGAGUACUAACUCGUCUCUUUCAUCUUGCGUGCGGGAUAAUUAUCGCUCGCUGUGUAUUGUAUUGAAUAAACUGGUGGAGCAAUGUGAUACGUGAA